UCGCCCGACCCGGCACCGUAGACUUCGGCCCCUGCUGCCUCUCCGCCGUGAGCCCCGACCCGACCGCCGGCGCGGCGCGCGUAUAGCGACACGAAGCUCGUCGCGACUUUUGGGCCGGAGGAUUGUCGCGAGAGACAAUUCCUGGCGCCCCGCGAGUACUCUCGCGCGCGCGUGUGUGUGAGUGUGAGUGAGUGAGUGCACCGGAGCUGCCUGCACUUUAAACCUUAUACAUUGGAUACGUCGGCUGUGGAUACCGUGAGGUGUGACAGGUGGCCGCGCCAAUGAGUGCGAGCCGGACGGGGCGGCCGAGCCCGCCGCGGGGGCGACGAACAGCGAGGCGCUGAGGCGCUCACCACCACCACCUGCACGGGGGGCCACCCCCCACAGGGCCAGCAUGAUGAUGGAGACGGAGGAGAUCAGCAAGAUGGUGGACACCGUCUACAAGAACAUCCUGGACAAGUUCAACCCGGCGGCCCGCCAGCUCAUCAGCGCGGGCAAGGUGUACCUCAAGGCCCUGCACGGCGCGGCCGCCGCCUCCCGGAUGUACGUCGAGGCCCUGUCCAAGCUCGCCAGGCACAGCCAGCAGCAGGGCUCCUGGGGCGGCUGCUCCGACAUCAGGUGA